GAUUUCAUCUUUUACAGUGUCAACAACACAUGCUUGUAAAGGUGUUCAAGAAAUAAUUCUUCAGCCUUAUAUGGGGGAAAAAGUUGCCUAUCCAGAAAACUAUCCAGUAGAAAAAGGAUAUGGAAUUAACUUGAACUGCUCUUGGAAAAUCAGCGGAAUUGCAGGAUAUGAUAUUGUGGUUUAUCCAAAGUGGACGUGCGAAGUGGACGCAUUUUUUCGUCUAUAUUACGCCCAAACAACGUUAACAAAGACAGAUGGUUGUGUUGGAUGUCCCAGAUCCGAUGGAUAUUGUAACGAAAUCAUACGUACUGGAUCAUCAGAAAUUCUCCUUACAUUAAGAACGUCGUCUCCCUAUAAAGAAGGUGGCUUCCAGUUUCGAUUCAUGUCUGUUGAGAAGAAGAAAAUUGACACCUGCGAUUCAACUGAUAGGACACUAGUAGCAGAAUCAACACCGAAAUUUAUCACAUCUCCGGGGUUCCCAUCUGAAUAUCAAAGUGAACUACACUGCUCCUGGAGAGUGAAACCUGCUUUUAAGAAGAAGGAUAUUCGUUUAGUUUUCGAGUUCCGGUCACAGUAUUUAGAGAAGAGUAUCGAUGUCUGCAUUGAUUACGUAAAGAUAGAGAGUAUAGGCGAAUUUUGUGAAGAUUCGGAAAAUAAUAUUUUUCGGACCUCCGGCAGAAUGUUAUUAAAUGACACUACAACGAAGGUGCAGUUUGUUAGUGACAUAGGGUUUGGUGGAAGCGGUUUUGUUUUGGCUUUUUACGUCGAAGACAAAGUGGAAUCUUGCUCCUGUCAACAUGGAGGUUCAUGCUUGAAUUCUACUUGUAUUUGUCCACGUGGUUAUAAAGGCAGCAGCUGCGAGAUUGAAUCUCUGAAAAUACUUUCUUUUAGAAGUAACAAUGUAUUAUUGCGUGAAGGGAAACCUGUGUGGUUUGAAUUGGAAACAGUGGAUAACAACAGUCCCAGUGUCCAAUGGUUUAGAAGCGGAAUCGGAAUAACCAGUGCUUCUUUAAGAUAUGUUAGAAAUUCCUUUAAAGCACCCAAUGGUUCAUUUUUCCAUAUGCUAAACAUCUCCCAUGUUAUGAGACGAGAUGAAGGAAAUUGGACAGUUGAAGUAUCAAAUGGUGUAACUACAGCAUAUAGAAGUAUCCAUAUAAGAGUUCUCCCUAGACUUUUGCUGCAGAUGACACCCCAAUAUGAUUUUUCAACUCAAAGUGGAGAAAGUUUAAAUCUUCAAUGUACAGUCAUUAAUCCAGAAUCUCUAUCUAAUUCAACGAGCGGAAGUUUAAUUUGGCAAAAAGAUGGGAAUAAUAUCGCAAGAGACUCGAAGUUUAAUAUAAGUACAACUAACAUAUCCACGACACUUCGGAAGACAUCAGCAGGAUAUGGUGAUUCUGGAAGUUAUUUGUGCUCACAUUCUUCUUAUCCUGAUCCAACAAAUGUUUCUGUUAAUAUCAUAGUAACAAAACCAGAACAAAUUCGAUGUCCAAACACAGUAUUGGAAGGAAUAACAUGGAAUGCAACAAUCGCAGGAACAACUAAAAGAGAAUCCUGUCCAAAAAAUAAAAAAGGAACUGCAACUAGAUUUUGUAACACUCGAGGUGAAUGGGAAAUCCCUAGUCUGAUCAACUGUACUGACGAAGGUUUUGUGAACGCUUCAAAAGAGCUGGACGUUUUGAUAGAAGACGGAGUUAAUAACUCAGAGCAAAUAAAGAAAACUAUAGACAACACUUUAGUGAAAAUGAAGAACCUGACAUCACAGAGUAAUGCACUGAGUGCCGGUGAUAUUAGUUCCUCCCUUGACAUCAUAGAAAAGAUAGUCAACGUCACAAAUAUGACAAGUGCAAAAAUUAAAAAAGAGGUGUUUUUUGAGGUCGUUGACAAUGUUUUAUCUACCAGUAAUACUGAAUCAUGGACAACUGUGCAAGACAAGACAGAGAAGGAUGCCACUUUGUUAUUGAAAAAUAUGGACAGACUUAGUGAAGUCAUCCUGAGAAGUGACAACAUAACAACAUCAACAUUCACUGGCAAAAAUUUUGAGGUGACAGUUGAUCAAACAAAUCUAGAUGAGAAUGGGAUAAUUUUUCCGGAAAGAUCGUCAAACAAUACCAACGAACCUGUCGAUGAAAUCGCUACGUUUCUUCAAUUACCAAUGCAGGCAAAUAAAUCAGAGAAAGCUGUUGCUUAUGUUGCUGUGAUAUAUAGAACUAUUUCAGAGAUUUUACGCACGCAUUCAGAAGCAGAAAGAGAUGAUGAAUUGAAAACAAAUACAAAAGAUGAGAGAGCGAGGAAAAAAGAGAUUGUGAAUUCUGAAAUUUUGUCACUUACCACGCAGACAGAUUUGGGAUUUCUCUUUCCUCCUCUAAAUCUUACUUUUCAACAUCUCGACAAGAACAAAAGCGGUGAAUUUCAAGCUUCCUGUGUAUCAUGGAAUUUUACUCUAAAAAAGUGGUCAGAAAAAGGCUGCAAAGUAAAUUCAACCAAUGACAUGAGGACAGUGUGCCAGUGUAACCAUCUGACCAACUUUGCUAUUUUGAUGAGACCUUAUACAUCUGAGAAGGAAGACAAAGCAUCACUGAAGACUUUAUCUUUCGUGGGUGUUAUCAUCUCUAUUGCUUUUACAGUGAUAACGUUCAUAAUUUACAUCGUGACAUGGAAACACAUAAAGAAUGAUCAAAACAUCAUGUUGCUAAAUCUCUGUGGAUCUUUGAUUUUAUCUUAUGUUGUAUUUAUCUCAGCUGUGGAAGAAACAAACAGUGAGGGAUUGUGUAUUGCAAUUACUGCCAUCAUCCAUUAUCUUUUCCUUGUGACGUUUUUCUGUAUGAUGGGGAUGGGUGUCUACUAUUUCAUGAGUAUAACCGUGACCUAUUAUGCAUUGUAUAUGGCGAACAAUUUCAAGUCAAAAUCCAGAGUGCACUGGUUUCUUUUUGGAGGAUGGGGUAUUCCAUUAAUCAUUGUAGCUUCAACAUUAGGAGCAUUCUGGGGAAAUAAAUACCACGUUAAAAACUACUGUUGGCUCUCCAUGGAAAGUGGUUCUCUUUAUCUGUUUAUUGUCCCAGUUUGCGUCAUUGCUGUGAUAAAUGUACUAAUAAUUGUAUCCUUAAUACGUGUAUUGUUUGCAACAUCUACAAUGAUAAAUUCAUCACUUCAUAAAAAGACUGUGACGGCACUGCGUUCUCUCGGUACACUUGUACCGGUAUUAGGAGUCACCUGGAUAUUUGGAGUCCUCGCUGUAAACGAAAAUGUAGAAGUUUUCCAGUUCAUUUUCAUCAUCGCCAAUUCUUUACAGGGCUUUUUCAUAUUUAUCUCGCAUGUAGUAUUAAACAAGAAGUUGAUCAAGGGUAUACAGACUCAGUAUCCCUCCCUAAGUGGGCUAAGUAUGUUUACCGAGUCAAGCAAAAAGGAAACAACCUCUGUAUCACGGACACAGUCAUCUUCCUCUGAUCGACCUAUAGUGAAACCUAAAACAAGAGGAAUACUAUCGAUUUUCGGAACAUCGUCGGGCAAGAAGACACAAAAACCAAAACAAGUAAUAAAGUCGGACUCAUUAUUGAAUGAGAAAACCAUUACAACUGACUACUCGUAUAUCUCUCCGCAUGAAAAGGUUUGCUUGAUGUCGUCUGAGAAUGCACUAAAAGAGAAGGAAACUAAAUUUGAGUGAAACAUUGGAGAACAGUGCCAAUAAUUAUAAAUUUCAAAUAAGGAAUCCGUAAGAACGCGUAUUGGAAGAAUAUCUUAAGUUUACCUUAUUUAAACUCAUUUAUUAUACAUGUACAUUCCAUUGAAAUGUAAAACAUUAUGCUGUAUAUUUUUUGCUAGUGUAUCCUAGAACAUCGUAGUGAAAGGAUAAUAAGGAAGUUUUCAAUAAUAAUGAAAAAUUGAUUGAUUUUUUUUUUUUUUUUUUUUUUGGACUUUAAAAAAAUGUAUCAUAUAAAAGAGUACAUGAUCAGUUAACCUAGUUCCUUUUCAAUAUAGGAUACCUGACACAUUUCCCUACAAUAAUUGUUCAAAACAAUGAAGUACGUAUAUAUAUUAAUGCACGGAAAUCACUGUUAUUUACUUACCUUGGAAAAACACAUGUAUAUCAUGAAUUCAUUUAACUUAUCUUAGUCUAAUAUAAUAUAAAGAAUACUUUUUUAAUUGAGUGAUAUGCUGUAAGAUUUCGGUUCAUUCUAUUUGCAAUCAAAGGCAGAUAACUCUAAAUAAAUAUAAUUGCAAAAACAACUAGAAAGCCUGCCAUUGCAAGCUAGAGCGUAUGUCGCCACGAACUGGCUUUAUUAGAAAUGGUCUGAAAGUGUAUCAUUCUGUUUUUGUUGUUGUUAUUUUUAAAGAAGCUUUUAAAAACACAUGGUCCAUUUGUUGGGAUUGGACUACCGACCCUUGGAUUGUGGAGGAUUUGUUGUGCGGAGAUAAAAGUUUUGAAAGACAAGA